AUGGGCCCCGGGGAUGGGCACGGGGGAUCCUCUCUCCAGGGAUGUUCUCCCCAGGGAUGUUCUCCACAGGGACCUUCUCCCCAGGGAUCUUUUCCCCAGGGAUCUUCUCCCCAUGGAUCCUCUCCCCAGGGAUCUUCUCCCCAUGGAUGGAUCCUCUCCCCAGGGAUCCUCUCCCCAGGGAUCCUCUCCCCAGGGAUGUUCUCCAGGCACUCGGGGUGUGACCCAGGGUGGCUUUUCCCCCUGGCUCAGGAAAGGGAAGGCUCCCCUGGGGUGUCCCUGGGGAUAUGA